GUUAACCCUGGUGUAAUAAAAGCCAACCCUUCCUCCAGCAAAGGUGUGAUUGAGAUAUUGCGACAUCUUGGACAGUAUGUACCAUCACAAAAUGGAAAACCUCUCUAUGACGUUGUAUGUCACGGUGAUCAAUUAUCAAUUGAACGUAUGGUUGAUGCCAAGUUUUCUAUGGACACCAUGAACAAACUAUUCAGUGGAAGUUCGGCAAGUGCACGUGGGUCUUUAUUCCAUGUCAAAAUUAAGUUUGGUCACCGUGCAGUGAAAAAGAAGGUGAUUGAUGAUGUUAAUCACACAGUGGAUUUUCUUAACUUUAUGACCGAAGGCUAUACCUGUCUAUUGGCAAUGCAUUUAAGAAGACUGACCAGCCUACGUGAUAAGCCGAUUAUUCAACCGGACCAGCAGAAAGACUACGUUGAAAAGUUAGCAGAGGAAAUAGUUUCUUUUAUUUGGCCGGAUGUAGAUGAAGUACCACUUAGUGAUAGUGAUCAACAGCCAUGCAUUGAUAAUUAUGAUGAUGACGAUGAUGAUUAUUGCGUAUGUAAAACAGACCUAGGAGGGACCAUGAUUGAAUGUUCUGCACUCUCACAGUGUAAAAGAGGCAGAUGGUUCCACCUCGAUUGUGUUGAAUUACAACCUGAAUCUGUACCAGAUGACGAGUGGUGGUGUAGCCCGGACUGUGAACAAUCAUCAAUUUAUUGUUUCUGUAAAAAGAAAGAAGAUACUGAUGAUGAUAAGUGGAUAGGGUGUGACAGGGAGUUCAUGUGCCCUAAUGGAGAAUGGUUUCAUAUGCGAUGUGUUGGUUUGAAUCAAUGCCCAGAUGGUUCUUGGUUUUGUUCAGAUGACUGUCAAGUUAAAGGGCCUUUAUCAAAGCCAGACCAGGACACCGGUGCUGACUACCUCUUCAAUUACUCCUGUCAUGUAUUAUGGAGAGGGUUAUUCCAUAUGGCAGAAAGAGAUGCAGAACGCGAAAACGAUGGUCCCGCAAUGAUGUCGAAUUGGAGAGUUUCAAUGUUAGAUUUCUGGGAAAAUAACCAUUAUAAAUAUCUUAUAAUUGGCCAUAGAUUGCUAGCAUGUAUAAAUGGUUAUGUUUCGCCAAGGCAAGGAGAAGAAAUGCUUUGGAAUAGCACUGCUAACCUGAAAGGAGGAGCUGGGAACAACAUACCGCUAGAUCUUGUUAACGAGUUUCUAAAUAAUGACUUUAAAC